AUGGCCUUCAACUUAAACAUUGCGAAUUGUAAUUUGCACCUUCUUUUGUGUAUUCUACUCGCUGGUGAUAUCGCCACAAACCCUGGUCCUGUUCAAUCUCGUAGAAUGCCGGAUAACAACUGCCUAGAAGUGCGGCUCUAUUUGAACGCCCGAAAUGUGAAGUCGUUCGUCUCUACCGACAACAUCCCUGCAAGAAAAGUUUGUAAAAUAACUUUAAUUCAAGAUUUAGUCUACGGGUGCAAUUACGAAGUCAUCUGUAUCUGCGAGACAUGGCUGAACAAUACGAUCAUUGACUCGGAACUUCUCCCAGGCUUCAACAUAUUUCGCCAAGAUAGAAUUG